UAAUAGUUGUUCGAGCCGUAUACAAAGGUCGAGAAAAAAGUGGUGCAUAGAGGAGUGAGAAUCAGAAGGAAUAGUGAGAGUGAGAUUGUUAACUAGAGAUUAGUGAGAGUGAGAGUGAGAACUAAGUAAAAGAUUAGUGACAAGUGAGAAACUCAGCAAACGAUUAGUUACAAUACUAAAAUAAACAGUAUAGUUAGUGAAUAAUAUAAUACAUAUGGCUAACGAAGAGUACGUAACGGAUGAUUCAAGUUCCGAUUUUACGGAAUACUGGAUAGAUUUAUUCUUAGGCAUAAAGGGUAAUGAAUACUUUUGUGAUGUGGACGAUGAGUAUAUUAGGGAUCGAUUUAAUUUAACCGGUUUAAAUCAAGAAGUUAGUAAAUUACCAACUUUAAUUGAUAUAAUUACUGAUCUUAUUGAUAUCGAACUGCAACCAGAAGAACAUAGAGAUGCUCUAGAACAUAAUGCCAGAAUUUUAUAUGGUCUUAUUCAUGCUCGGUAUAUCCUUACUUCACGAGGGUUAAAUAAAAUGUUUGAAAAAUUUAGAAAUGGUGAUUUUGGUUAUUGUCCAAGAGUUCAUUGUCAGUUACAUCCUCUUUUACCUAUUGGACUUAAUGAUCAACCUAGAUUAGCUUCAGUAAAAUUAUAUUGUGCAAAAUGUGAAGAUUUAUUUAAUCCAAAGAGUGGGAGACAUUCUGUCAUUGAUGGUGCUUAUUUCGGUACAUCUUUCCCAGCUAUGUUCUUUCAAAAUUUCCCACAAGUCAUUCCAGUACAUCCUAAGGAAACUUAUGUUCCUAAAGUGUUUGGAUUUAAACUUCAUGAAUAUUCAAAGUUGAGUAGAUGGAGACAAUUUCAAAGAAUUAGUUUAGAGAAGAGAUUGGUGAGUCAUGGCAUAGAAGUAGUAAAUGUACCGGGAGGAUUCCUAGUGGAUGGACCCCGAGAAGAAGAUUCACAGCAGUAGCGUAGUUAAUAUACAAGCAGUAUUAGUGUAAUUAAUAUAUAUAUAUAGUAAUAAUAUUAUUCCACUAGUGUUUGUAA